AACUGCUUCGGCAAGGCUAAUAUACUGAUUGGUCCUUGUUCGAUUUUUUGAAAGACUAUAUCUUCGAUAUUUACAAGUCAAAAGUGUUGGAUUCGCUACCGAUUUUCGAAGAUUAGCAACUGAUCCUCUAUUGAAGCUGGAGGAAAAAGAACCGUUGGGUGCUUUUAUGAAUUCCGUAAUAUAAACACCCGGGCAUUCAACUGCCUGACGAUUCAUUACAAUUGUUUAACGGACAUAUCCUGUAGGCUGAGAAAUUUGAAAAUUAAACGUCAGUGAUUGGCCCAACAAAAGGGCCUAAAGAGACCAAUAAACAUGUAGCAUCAUAUACACGUGUUUAAGGCCCAUUCUCAACUCUAAGAUUUGUGAGUGCCGAUGGUAAGUGCACAUUCGAAGCAAAAGUAAAGAGCAACAGGUAACCAAUGGGUAAGAUUAUUUGGGCCUGAUUUAUGACAUAACCAACUGAUGUCUAUGUCCAUUGGUCGUUGCCUGCUGCUCGCUGUCUUUGGUUUGAAUGAAGCCCUACAUUCACCGAAAGCGCUGGCCAAGAUAACUCUCGACCAAUAAUGUAACGCGAAUUCCUGUGGACACUUGUAUCAUUGGCCCACAGUUCGCACUCAAGUGUUCCAUUAGGCGACAAGGCUUUAACAUGAGAAGGCGAUUGGUUAGAAUGGAAACACCAACUGGAAAACAGUCAAUAGAAUGCUUGAUACGUCAAAUAUAUGGACGUCCGUCACAACCUAAAAAUUUAAUGUUGUUCAGCGGUACUUUUAAGACAAAUAAUAUGGAUACCUACAUGCAGUUUAAUGUGAUUUCAAGUGUCUAAUGUGCUGGAUAAUGAAGUAUAUCGCAGUUAUUCAAUUACUUUGACACCUAACAGAAAUAUUUGUAACUUUAGCUUCAAUUUUUCAGUGCUUGCCCUUGCAUCUCAUCCUAGUAACUUGAGUUAUCUAAAAUUUUUUGAAGAAAGAUCUAAAUGGAUCUGACACAUGUUCUUUUCAAGUGUAAUAUAAGAAAAUGAAUAAUACAAAAUGGUCUCUACAGCGUUUAGGGAUGCAUUAGCUACCACAGCUUCAUGUUGUACAAUUCUACAGUUUUUAGCUGGCAUAUUAGUAUGCCAAAAAAUUGUUAAGAAAGGAACCACGGGAGAAACAUCUGGAUUAGCUUUUGUGACAUGCUUUAUGUCAUGUAGCCUAUGGUUACUCUAUGGGAUUUUGAAAAACGAUUCGUUUAUUGUUCUUGUAAACGUUUUUGGAACAUCCUUACAACUCAGUUACACAUUUGUUUUCAUACUGUACAGUGUGAAAAAAUCUGUUGUCAUAAAACAAUUUGCAGUGGCUAUAUGCUUUGUCACUGCAAUGUAUAUGUACUCUUUCUCUGAACCAGAUAAAGCAUUAGCAACAAAAUGGACAGGACUUUUGAGCUGUGGUUUGACCAUUAUAUUUUUUGCAUCACCAUUAACCAUGCUGGCACAUGUGAUGAAAGUUAAGAGUGCAGAAGGAUUGCCAUUUCCAGUGAUUACUGCCUCACUGAUUGUAUCCUGUCUAUGGUUUAUUUAUGGGUGUAUUCAAGAUGAUCCUUUCAUCAAGAUACCAAACUUUCUUGGUUCAAUAUUGUCAGCCUUUCAGCUGUCUCUUUUUGUAAUUUAUCCUGGUAAAAAAUCUGACCAAAUACGACUCGUCUAAAAAUAAGCCAUAUCGAAUAUAUCCUAUUUUUAUGAAGAUUUUGUUAAACAAUAUAUAUAUAUAUACACUGAUAUUUAUAUUGGACUGUUCACGAAACUAAAUGUGAUACUUCAUGAAUCUAUUACAAAUAUUUUAAUAAUAAUGCCUUUUUUGGACUCAAAAAGCAUUAUUACAUCUAAUGACAAAGCAUAGCUCACUAAGAAACUAUAU